AUUUAAAAAUGGAGCGUUUCCUCUCGUUUUGGAUGGUUUGUUUAUGUAUUUGUCAUGAGUUGUUUGAUUUGGUGUUUUGUUGAGGGAAUUUGAUUUGGCAGAGCAUUUGUAAUGGUGGUUUAAGUAAUGGUUUUCGGUUAUCGUUCGCGGUUUGUUUGGUUGCUGAGAAAGCGACCAAACGGAGACCAGAGGGAUUGGGAAUUGAAUAGAUUCAUAUAUUUUGUGUUGGACUCACCUGAGUCGAUGAGGCUACUGCAUCUCCCUGCCACAUGAUGGAGACUCUGUUAUUUGAAUUCAAUUUCUUUUAUUUUUCUUAUUGUUCCUUGUAACCAAACAGCGAAUUUAGCAAUUGAAUGAGCCUGUGGUUAUUGUGCUGUUGAGGUUUGGGUUUAGGAAUGAGACUGCUUCUGGAGAGUUUUCUUGUGAAGGAUUGAAAAGUUUAAUGCUGGUUCCUUUGAUGUUUGUAUUGGAUUGCCUUCCUUUGGCUUCACAUUGAAGGUUGACAGUGAUGGAGAUCAUCGUUUGGAGGGUUCUUGAUCUCUCCUUAUAAACUAAUUAAUACAGUGAUCUAAUUUGUAAACACUCGUCUGCAUGAAUUUACUGUAAAUAAAUGCGUUUUUUAAUGCAUUUUAAGCAGAUGGUUGGGAGGUUUUGAUUGUUUGUUUGGAAUUUGGACUAAUGGCUGUUGCUGGUCUACACAAUGUUUCUGUACUUGAUUCUUCAUUUCUUAGAGAACCUCAAUCAGAAGCUGUGACAAUAAGGGGUGAUGAUGGCAGAACUAGCACCCGAGCUUCAUCAGUCCUGCGAAUGUGGCGGGAGCUUGAGGAUGAGCAUGUGGUGAGUCAUGGCCGAGAGAGAUUUGGUGGGAGAAUGCCCAACAAUAGAAGUGAUGGUUUGAGUUCUGACCUGUCAAGGAUGGAUAUUUCUGACAGCCAUGGUAGUGAGCAUAGUGGCACCUCAGAGGAUGUGAGUGUGAGUGAGAAUGACUAUGGACAAUGGUCUCCAGGUCCAAUUGGAUCAGAGAAUGGUCAAGACGAUACUUCUGAUCUGGGUGAGAUUGCAAGGGAAAGGGUAAGGCAGAUUUUUCAGGAAUGGAUGAACUGCGCUGCAAGGGAAUGCACAUCUAAUAUUUCCUGGAGGAGCAAUAGUUCUAGGGCACAAUGGCUUGGUGAAACUGAGCAGGAGAGGGUAAGAAUUAUAAGGGAGUGGGUACAAAUGAACAGCCGACAGAGAGGUACUUGUGUUGACCAUAGACAAGAGCAUGGUGCUGAACUUGUGGGUCAAAUAGAGCAAGUUCUUGAUGGAUCAGUUGUUAACCCCAAUGUAGGACAAAUUGAGCAUACACGGAGGGGCAUUCGUCGGUUAUGUGGUAGACAGGCUCUGCUUGAUAUGCUUAAAAGGGCUGAGAGAGAAAGGCAUCAUGAGCUUCAAGUUCUGUUGGAGCAUCGGGCUGUAUCACAAUUUGCUCAUCGCAACCGUAUUCAGUCAUUACUCAGAGGUAGGUUCUUGCGAAAUGGCAGAAUGAUUGAAGACAAGAGGCCUACAUCCAUAGCUGCAAGUGAAUUGGGCUUACUGAGGCAAAGACAUACAGUAUCUGGUUUGAGGGAAGGGUUUUUCUCCAGAUUGGACCAUUCUAUUUAUGGUCAAGUAAGCAGCAGUGCCUCUGAUACUUCAUCUAACACUGACAUCAAUGGUAAUGGAAGUGAACAAACCCAAGUAAAUAAUUCACAACAGGUUGUAGAUGGAUUUCAUGAACAAACAGAGUCAAAUAUUGAGGAAACUGACAACCACGGGUUAUCAGAUGGUAGAACUGAUAUAGGAAGUAACAUUGUUGAAGAUAGAAGUUCUCAGGAAUCUACUUCUGCUUCAGAAGUGGAGUCAGGAAAAGUUCCAGAGAAUGAGAUAAGAGACAGGCAACAAACCAUGAGUACCGAAUUUGUUGGAAGCAGAGAUGGUACUGGAGAAGAGGUGAAUGGAAACUGGAGAGAAGGUACCAAUGAAAAUGUAGCUGGAGAGCAAAUUCGUCUGCAGUCAACCAGUGAAGUAUUUUCUCAACAAUUAGAGCCAAAUGGGAAUGAAAAUUCUGCCCCCAUCUUAUCCAAUCAUGUGGAUGAUUUGGAUGGCAAUGAAGUUGAAGAUGUAAAUCAGCAUGGAUCUGCUGCACUAGUAGACCAGUGGCAGAGUCAAGUUUUAGGAAGUGAAGACGGAGGCUCGUUUGCAGAUGGUUUUGGAUCUAAUGAAUGGAGAGAUGGUAUUCAAGAUAACAUGGAUGGACAUCAACAUGAAACCAUUGCUAAUGAAUGGCUGGUAAAUGAUGAUAGAGAUGAAGCCUCUGAGGUGUGGCACCAAGAUGGUGGUUUUCAAGAGGCCGUUCAAAGUUGGUUAGAAGAGCCUUCUGAACGGGAAGCUGUUCCUGCUGGAAGGAUGGAUCCUUCUUAUUUACCUGAUGAUGACAAUGCGUACAGUAUGGAAAUCAGGGAACUCCUAAAUAGGAGAAGUGUCUCUACUCUUCUUCGUAGUGGUUUCCGUGAGAGUCUUGAUCAAUUGAUACGAUCUUAUGUGGAAAGGCAAAGCCAUGCUCCCCUUGAUUGGGAACUGCAAGGAACAUCACCCACAUCAGCUGACCAAGAACUGGAGCAGCAUAGUGGGGAUCAGAAUGAGGGUCAGCAAGAUUCUGUUCAGAAUUCCCCCCUUGCUCUACCUUCUCCAUCAAUUCCCCCUGUACAGCAGCUCUGGGACCAGGAGUCCCAGCAUUUUACAUGGUCACACCAUGACAUGCAUCAACGCUUUGGAAUUGAGUGGGACAUCAUUAAUGAUUUGAGGAUUGACAUGGCUAGGUUACAACAAAGGAUGAAUAACAUGCAGAGGAUGCUGGAAGCCUGUAUGGACAUGCAACUUGAGUUGCAGAGGUCAAUUAGGGAAGAAGUUUCUGCUGCUCUAAAUCGCUCAGCUGGAUCAGCAGGUGCAUGCAUGGAAGUUGGUAUGUGCGAGAAUGGUUUGCCAGAGGAUAGUUCUAAAUGGGAUCAUGUGAGAAAAGGAAUUUGCUGUAUAUGUUGUGAUAGCAAUAUAGACUCUUUGCUGUACAGAUGUGGGCACAUGUGCACUUGUUCAAAAUGUGCAAAUGAGUUGGUCCAAAAAGGAGAAAAGUGUCCAAUGUGCAGGGCACCUGUAAUUGAGGUCAUCCGUGCUUACUCCAUCUUAUAAUUUGAUGAUUGAAAAGAAGAAUGGAGGAUUUAAAAGAAAAGAAAUUUGGUUCACAAAAUAGAGCCAUUUCAGAUCAUGCUCUAGGUUCUGGCCAGGUAUUUAUUAUUUCCUGGAUUCUUCAUAUGUAUUGAUUGUAUGAUUGACUAUACAAUGGGAUUUUUCGAUUUGUCGUUUUAAUGUGAAUAAAGAUUUUGAGUGGAAGAAUCAUAUUGGUGUUAGCGACAAGAAAGUUUUUGAAGGCAACUUUUUCCUGAGAUGAUGUACGAAGGUUAUAUAUGACUUGUGACCAUUUUCUGAUCCCGGACAGCUGCCACUUCAAGUGGGGUAUAUAGCAAUAAGCUUUUUGCACAGCCAUGUAAAGUUUAUUUUAUCAAUUUAUGGCAACUUGCUUAACUUGUUGAUUGUUUUAAUUAACAUCUUGUAACGUCUGAAAUUGCACUUA